GUAUUAAAACUACAACUCCCAGACGUCUCUUGCGCAUUUGCGUGACGUCAUCACGCAAUUGAAUGGGCUCUCGGAUUUAAAAGUUGGGAAAGCGACGGUGUUGUAGACCAACUCCAACAUGAACUGGGAUCGCCAGUUGAGCUCCAUUCUGUCAGCAGCAGAUGACAGUGUGGCCAAAAUGAGGGAGAGACUAACCGUACUAGGGAACGCCCCCAAAAGGGAAGCAGAGUACUUUCCAUUCACGGACAAGAGUUAUGCUGCAGAUUUUGGCACCACCACCACCACCACCACCGUUCCGUCUCUGAGUCCACCACAAGGUCUUCCAUCUUUCAGCUCCAGUGUGCAGUGGGCAGACGUAACCUCCAUACUGUCGCAGCUCCAGACACAGAAGCAGGCGAUUGAGUCUCUCACCAUGAAAGUCGGUGACGUGGAAAGGGAGAAACAAUGUCAACAACGCCACAUCCACACGCUACAAGUGGAGGUGAGCAGGUUGCGUGAAGACCUGAGCCAGAAGAGAAGAGAGACUUAUGACCGUCAAGGAGUGGAUCAAGGGAUGGAGCAGUGGAUUAGAGAUGCAGGUGUGGAUUGGAGCAGCUGGCCCCGACCUACGCCGCUAGACGUCCCCAAGGAGAGUUUGAGCUCCAAGGUGUGCCGAGAGGAUCUGCAACAGCUGCAGAAGGAGGUCGAGCAACUGAAAAUGCGCCUGAGAAGACAAGAGGAGGCCACCAUGCUCCAGGAGAAAGAGGCCAGAGAGACCCGGCGACUGUACCAACAUAGCUGCCAGAUGGUCCAGGAGCUGACAGAGCGCUGCAGAACUCACAGCACAGACCUGGCCAACACCACCUCCGACUGUUCCCACACACAGCAGGAGGUCCGCCGUAUCGGCGCCACCGUGUCGGGACUGGAAGGCGAGGUCAGGCGUCUUCGAGAGCGGGAGGCUGUGACGCCGGCACGCACCUCGCCCCUCCCGAACCCACCCGCCACCAGGAGCAGGUUCGCAGUUGAAGAGGCAGCGAGGGACUCCGACUUGGAGGACUUGAGCUCGAUUCCGAGCUUGGCUGACAUCAGCUCAGAGGAGCUGUCCCUGCUGGAUGACCUGUCUCCUCAUUACAAACCAGCAGAGCGUCAGAGCGGCGAGUCCCGAGUAAAGAUUGACUUUGCUGGUGACGACGGGGACCAGGAUUUCGAAUCUGACCUGAGUCUGACUGACCUCUGACCCUCUUUGCGCGAGGUCAGUGACUGGAACUCACGUUUUCAGAAUGGGAAACAGAAUAUGUUAUUGAUCCCACGGGGGAAAUGUGGAAUGUUCUCAUGGUGUCUUCAUUGCAAAUGCGUUGCGAUGUAUGAGAAGGCUUGUGAGAGAGCUCGUGUUUGGUCCCGUGUGACACGCCCACGCAUCGCCACUGUACUAUGAACAAAACAAAGCACCAGGAAGGAUGAGUACAAACUACACGGCUGCUCUAAUUAGAAAACUUUAUCCCCGGCAUAAUAUCACAUUUAAUUCAUUAAUUAAUACCAUGACAUUACAGAGUGGAAACGUGAGCAACACUAGCAUAGCUAUGUUAGCGCCUGCGCUAACAGCAAUUGGUAUACGUGCUCACUUUGUUGCGUUGCAUUUCUGCACCACUACAAUCACAACAAUAAACAUCGUAACGUGUGUAACAAAGCAUUAUGUGAUCAUGUAAUACAUUUACACCCUAUUAUGUAAUAACGCCACCUUUCGUAAUAAUCUGUCUGUAACUUGUUUCAUAUUGCACACAUUGAUGGAAUUAAAACAUUUUCCAUGUUUUAUUUAUACUAGUGUAUUUAAUUCUUAGUAUCAUGUAUAGCAUAGUAUUAGCACAACAUCAUCCAAAUUGCACAAGUGUAUGUCUUCCAAUAUUUCGGUGUACUGCUAAUUUUCAUGUCAGUAGUACUUCAUUAGUGUGACUUUUGUGUCUUACUUGCAAUCACGUCCUUAAUUAUAAUUUGAGAUCGAUUCUUUAUUGGCCGGGCCGAUUAUCUGCGCUGAUAUUUGGCAUUUUUAUUUUAUUUUUAUUUUUUCAUCUUUUUAAUUAAAUCAACAUAAAAACACGAGAUACACUUACAAUUAGUGCACCAACCCAAAAAAACACCCCUCCCCCAUUCACACUCAUUCACACA